AUGGAGAUCACUGAGGGAACAAGCAGUUUUCCUGAUGGAUCCGUAACAAAAAUCGUGUUCCACAAUUUCUUGACUUUUGACGAACUUGUUUUUUUGCCUGGGCCAAACCUUAAUGUUAUUAUUGGACCGAAUGGAAAUGGAAAGAGUUCAAUUAUGUGUGGAAUAUGUCUAGCAGUGGGUGGUGAUCCAAAAGUGUUAGGAAGGUCUUCAAAAAUUGCUGAUUAUGUGAAGCACGGCCACACUAGUGGUUUUGUCGAGUUGUUCAUGUUAGUUUCACAAGAGGCAUUUCUUUUCGUAGAACGAGAUUCGAGAAGGGGUUUCGACGUUUGUACACGGGUGUUUAUCAACCGGCAAAAGAAUUCAGCUGCGUAUUUAUUUGAUGGCUCGCCUAUAACACGCACUGAAUUGCGCAAAAGAAUCGCUGAUUACGACAUUCAGGUUCAAGGUUCUUUCUUAGUUUCGGUUUAUCCACUUAUUGGUGAAGGAAGGGAAGAGGAGAAUAUUUUUGGUACCGAAGCUAGUUACCUUGAUGUACAAAAACUUUUAAUUAUUUUGUUUCACACUUCUGAUUUUUUGCGUAAUGGUCCUAAUGUCCUAAACUCUCUUAAAAUAAUUUUUCAGAUCGAUAAUCCAUGCACUUUUCUUGCCCAAGACAAGGCAGUCUCAUCGAAAUUACUUUACCUACAUGAAGAACUAGAAGGUCUUCAGAUCACUGGUGCGAAGCAUAACGGAGUGCGUGACAGCUUAAAAAGGAGGGUAGCUGCUGUCGUCAACGAGCUAAACAGUUUGGAAACAGUAGUAAAGAACUAUGAAGAAAGGAAGAAAAUUUUAGAAAAAAUCGACAUCUUGGAGAAGAAGGAACUUUUUCUUGAUUAUGAUGCAGUUUCAUCUACGUAUGAAAAAUUAAAGAGGGAUUUGAAGGCAAAGAGUGCGGCAUUCAAAAAGGUGGAAGAAGAUGUAACUCAGUUAGAAGAUGAGUUAGAGGAAAAAAAGAAGCUUGUUUUGAACAUUAAUUACCAGAUCCAGGAAUUGACCGACAAGAAAUUUCAAUUAGAAGAGAAGUUAAACGCAGCAUUACGUUCUUCACCAGUAGGUGUUAAAAUAAAACAAGCGCGGGAUGAUUAUGAGAGAGUCAAGAAAGAAUGUGAAGGUUGGGGACGUAAUUUGGAUAUCAUAAAGAAAGAAAUUAAUUCGAUAAUGGAAAGACUUAAGACAGCAGAGGAAAACAGUGGCAACGCCUCUUCUGAGUUGGCAUCUGUUCGAAAGAAGUAUAAGGCUUUGGAAGCUGAAGAAGAGAAGUUGGAGCUGCAGAAACAGAAGAUAGACAGUGUGCAGUCAGAAAUUAAACGACAUGAGGAAGGUAGCAACAUAAUUUCAUAA